UUAUCAUUGCAGCAGGUGCGCUUCUCGGAACACCCGGAUGUGUUUAAUUAGAGAUCAUUUCAGGGCAUUAUGUAGGGUGUCCCCACACGAACCAAUAGGAUUUGCGUCGCAUUCGUUUCUGCGUGAUUACAAACAACAUCAUUUAGCCAUGGACGAGAGGGAACCAAGUUGUAAUCCUGUGGAGCCGCUUCUUCAACAGGUAGAUGAUGAAGAUGAAUUCAAGCCAUAUCCUACCCAACCAGACAUGGGGGCGGCGGCACCCAGUAUGCCCAGUGUACCCCCUAAAGCAGAACCCACCAUGGAUGAGAUGAUGAAAUAUGACAUCGUCAAGGCAACCCAGUAUGGUGUGAUAGAGAGAUGCAAGGAGCUGGUGGAGGCGGGGUUUGAUGUCAAUCAAAUGGACAGGGAGAACGUGUCUCUCCUGCACUGGGCAGCAAUCAACAAUAGACAGGAACUCGCCAAAUAUUAUAUCUCCAAAGGGUGCAUCAUUGAUAAAUUUGGUGGUGAUCUGAACUCUACUCCCCUACACUGGGCCACAAGACAGGGUCAUCUUCCCAUGAUGGUGCAAUUGAUGUCAUAUGGUGCAGACCCAUCUCUUAGGGAUGGAGAAGGCUGUAGCUGUAUACAUUUAGCUGCCCAGUUUGGUCACAGCAGUCUAGUUGCCUACUUGCUAGCCAAGGGUCAGGAUGUGGACAUGUUAGAUAAGAAUGGAAUGACAGCUUUAAUGUGGGCAGCCUACAGAGUUAUUGGGCCUGAUCCCACGAGGCUCCUGCUCAAGUUUGAUGCAUCUGUGAAUAAAACAGACAAGUUUCACCACAACACUGCCCUCCACUGGGCAGUUAUGAUAGGCAACAAUGUGGCAGUGAACCACCUUGUAGAGGCUGGGAUUAAUCUAGAUGCAGUCAAUGCCAAGGGAGAAACAGCUUUAGACAUUGCAAUUGCCAAAAAGAACCACUGGCUGGUGAAGAAUCUUCGUAAGGCAAGAAUAGAAAGAGGAUAUGAUAAAUCAAAUUGUAUACAGACAUAUGUUCAUGACAAGGCUACAAGAAGACGUGUGAUCUGGACAUUCCCCUUCAUCAUGCUCUUCCUUGGAGGUGCCAUAUUUGAACUGAACUGUUCCUGGUGGUUGAAACUGGGUUUCUGUGUACUUACAUUUCUGUUUUAUAAAGGCGUAACUAGCCUGUUCUUUGAUGACCGUGCAUGGACAAUAGAAGCGCCUGUUGCUGUCUACUUAGCAACCAAGCUGUGGAUGCAUGUCACGUGGUUUGUCUACUUCUGGCCAUAUGUAAACAGGUUCACAAUACAAGUUAUGUUCAGCUGUAAUACACUGGCUCUGACAUACUAUUUCUGGAAAGCAGUAAGGACAGACCCAGGCAUUAUUAAGUCAACUAGGGAGGAAAGGAUCAGGGUAAUAUUAGAAUAUUCUGAGCUGCAGGCCUUUGAUCUGAAUCAGUUCUGUGCCACAUGUAUACAGAGGCGGCCAAUUAGAUCAAAACACUGCUCUAUAUGUGAUAAAUGUGUCAGCAAGUUUGACCACCACUGCCCUUGGAUAUACAACUGUGUUGGUGAAAGAAACCACAAAUAUUUUAUUUCUUAUCUCUUCUUUCUCGUGGGAAUGAUCUCCUGGUGUUUGUUUGGCUGUGGACUCUACUGGCAUCACAAUGUGAAGUACAGCUGGGAGGAUGAUGGGAUUACUGGUAUAGCCUGGAAACUGAUGAAGGCGUCUCCCUGGGUGUUCUGGAUAGCUAUGAAUGCAAUGUUUCAUGUACUCUGGGUUGGGAUGCUGCUGAUAUGCCAGCUCUACCAGGCGGUUUGGCUGGGUGAAACAACCAAUGAAAGACUAAAUAUCAAUAGGUAUAAACAUUUCCAUACAGAAAAGAAAGGACAGUUUGUCAGCCCGUUCGAUGAUGAGGAUGAGGAUGAGGAGGAUUCGUUUGUUUACAAGCCACCGCGUCGCGGUGUCAUCAAGAACCUUAUUGAUGUGAUGGGAUGGCGCUGCAUGGGUCUGUGUCGUCCUGAUUCAACAGACUGGUCGAAACAGUUUGAACUUCCUAAUGCCCCUCCAAAGUCCAUAAGGACAGCAAAGUUUAAUGUAGCAAGAGACAACUACCAGUAUGUGUGAAACUGCAAGCCAGGGCACUGGGCAAGAAUUAUUAAGUUUUUUAUUUUCGUUUUUUUUUUCCCACAAACAUAACAAAGAGGAAAAAAACAAAAUGCAAGAUCUAUUACAGUUACCAGACAGAUGAACUUAUUUCAACAUGUGUAUGUAUUAUUUCAAAAGUUGACAUGGGUGAUUUUUUUUUCCUGAGAAAAGUCAUGCUCAGGAAAAAGUCCUAGGAAGUGGCUUGGGAGUAUUAUGUGGAAAAAUCUCUAUGGGACUGAAGCUAUCGAUAAUUUAAGGAUACUCGAUAAAUCAAACCAAAGAACUUCAGAAGUUGUGAAUGUGUGUCAAGUUCCUUCAUGCUUGUGAUAAAGAGUAUUGGUAUUCAAUUUGCUGUAGCUCUGGACUACAAGGUUGAGUUUUUAAGGAAUAAGUGUGAUACAAAUCUUGUCAAUUUAUUUACCAAAUUUUUUUUUCAUGUUGGCUUAAUCAUAGGGGACAUUUACCAAUCAUGUUGAAGCUAUUAGCAGAGGUCACCGUUUUACUGUAUUUUGAAAAUUAUUUUACCAAAAUGAACAUGCUUUUUUUAUUGAUGUCUGGAACCUAAGUCUGUGUGUUCAGGAAAACCAUAUUUGGAGUUUUACGGGGACUAUAUAUUUCUCAAAUUGGGAAUUCGGUGGUUUUAACUUAAACUGUUUAGUAUUGUGUGCAAGAUACAUCCAUAAUUAUUUUUAGGAAAAAGUUUUGCCCAUUAAAUAUGUUGCUAUACACUAUGCUUACAGUUUAUCAUUUUGAAAUGGUUAGUUAUUAUUUUUAAAUGAUAAAUUGACAAUUUUUUAGAUUUAAAAUAUCAUCCGUAUAUCACUGAACAAAAUGUUAAGAACUCUCUCUCUCUUUCACUCUCAUAAGGUCAAAUGCCCUGUCUGUCCAUGUGUCGUGUUCCAUGCUGAUUGUAUAUUGUUGGUGUGUGCCAGUCUUCAUUUAAUUGCUUGUAUUACAGUACUCAAGAUAUGUGUUUCUUUUCAGUUAUGAUUAACAUAAAAUAAAUAUCCUUGUUUUAAUUGCUUUGUAGAGCACAGUAUAUGGAAAAUAUUUGGGCAUAUUCAUAUAUCAUAGAUAUAUUGUAUAACAGUUAAAAGGACAUUUUAUAUGAAGUGCUUAAAAUCUUAAAUAUCCCUGACUUUCAUAAUUGCACUUUGUUGAUAAUCUAGAUGUUUUAAACAAUUCAGUGUUAAUUAUGUCACAGCGAUUUACAUAUUCAACUACUUGAAGAUGAUAAUUAUCUUGUCCACGUUUUAGUCAUUAUAAAGUUCAUGCUCUGAAUAAAACAAAAUGCUCCAUGGAUUUGAUGAUUGGGUGUGGUAGAUUUUUAUAAUAAUGUAACUAUAAGUAUAGCAAUGAUUUAACUGUUAAUAAUAAUGUCAAAGAAGUGAUACUAAGUAAUUGUUGAUUUAAAGUUACAAGAUUGGUUCAUGAAAUUUAAAUUUAAUAGUAUUAUAUACUUAUUCAAGAUGAAGAAUUAAAUAUGAGAGCUUUUUAUACUUUUUUUUUUUUACUGUGUUAGACAUAUAAUCUUCAUGUUGGUUGCCUUGUGUUGUAUGAAAUGCCUUUAUCUAUUUUGUUUGAAUGUAAAUGUUGUAAAGUAUUUGAAAAUACAAUAAACACUGGGAUAGUGUGCUAAUUUAAAUAGCUUUUCAUAAUAAAUAUUGUAAGAUUCCA